UUCUGCGCGGGGCGUGGGAAGGUGGGGCGGUCCCGGCCCCCGCCUCUGCCGUCAGGGUGAGAGCCCGGGAACGCCUUUCGCUCUCCCCGCCCGCGAAGUUUGCAGGGCGCAGUGCGCUGCAGAGACCUGGUCGGCUGGCCCGAGGCUGGGCGCUGUCAGUUCCUGCUUCACUGGGCGCCCGCUCCAGCCGCCGCAGGCUCCACACCAGAGAAGCCGACUGCACCGCGCGGGCUCCCGGCGCGUGGGGCGGGGGCGCGGAUCAGCCGCCGCCCACACCCGGGGCUGAGCUCGCUCCUCCCGGGAGGAUCACGCGCAGCAGGAUGGCGGCGGCCGCGCGGGUUCCAGGCUGGGUAUUGAGGCCGGUUCUGCUGCUCCUGCUGCUGCUGCCGCCCGCCGUGAACCCCGCUCAGGAACCCCGGACCGCGGCCCGGCUCAGUCUGCACCCGCCCUACUUCAACCUGGCCGAGGCGGCGAGGAUUUGGGCCACGGCCACCUGCGGAGAGCGGGAGCCCGGCGGCGCGCGGCCCGAGCUCUACUGCAAGUUGGUGGGGGGGCCCACCGCCGCGGUUAGCGGCCACACCAUCCAGGGCCAAUUCUGUGACUACUGCAAUUCUGAGGACCCCAGGAGAGCACAUCCUGUCACCAACGCAAUUGAUGGAUCUGAGCAAUGGUGGCAAAGCCCUCCUCUGUCCUCAGGUACACAGUACAACAAAGUCAAUGUCACCUUGGAUCUGGGGCAGCUUUUCCAUGUGGCCUAUCUUAUCAUCAAAUUUGCAAAUUCUCCUCGCCCUGAUCUUUGGGUCUUGGAAAGAUCAGUAGACUUUGGAAGCACCUACUUACCCUGGCAAUAUUUUGCUCACUCUAAAGUAGAUUGUUUGGAACAAUUUGGGCAAGAGGCAAAUAUGGCUAUCACCCAAGAUGACGAUGUACUUUGUACUACUGAAUAUUCCCGGGUUGUACCUUUGGAAAAUGGUGAGGUUGUGGUGUCCUUGAUAAAUGGUCGACCAGGUGCAAAAAAUUUCACCUUCUCUCACACCCUGAGGGAGUUCACUAAGGCUACAAACAUCCGCCUGUGUUUUCUGCGAACCAAUACCCUUCUUGGACACCUCAUCUCCAAAGCACAGAGAGAUCCAACGGUUACUCGGCGAUAUUAUUACAGCAUAAAGGAUAUCAGCAUCGGUGGGAGGUGUGUUUGCAAUGGCCAUGCCCAAGACUGCAGUGCAAACAAUCCUGAAAAAUUGUUUCAGUGUGACUGCCAACACCAUACCUGUGGGAAGACGUGUGACCGCUGUUGUGCGGGGUACCACCAGAGGCGCUGGCGACCCGCCACGUGGGAGCAGAGCAAUGAGUGUGAAGCAUGCAACUGCCACGGUCAUGCCCUUGACUGUUACUAUGACCCAGAUGUUGAGAGGCAGCAGGCCAGCUUGAAUAUCCACGGCAUCUAUGCAGGUGGAGGGGUCUGCAUUAAUUGUCAGCAUAACACAGCUGGUAUAAACUGUGAAAACUGUGCUAAAGGUUAUUACCGCCCUUAUGGUGUUCCAGUCGAUGCUCCCCACGGCUGCAUCCCUUGCAGCUGUAACCCCGCACACGCGGAUGACUGUGAGCCGGGCUCAGGCCGCUGCACUUGCAAGCCGAAUUUCCAAGGAGACAACUGUGAGAAGUGUGCGGUUGGAUACUAUCGCUUCCCCUUCUGCCUGAGAAUUCCCAUUUUCCCCAUUUCUACUCCAAGUCCUGAAGAUCCAGUAGCUGGAGAUAUAAAAGGGUGUGACUGUGACUUGGAAGGCGUUCUCCCCGAAAUAUGUGAUGCCUAUGGAAGGUGCCUUUGCCGCCCUGGGGUCGAGGGCCGUCGGUGUGAUGCCUGCCGCUUGGGUUUCUACUCAUUCCCUAUUUGCCAAGCCUGCCAGUGUUCGGCCCUUGGCUCCUACCAGAUGCCCUGCAACCCGGUGACGGGACAGUGUGAAUGCCUUCUUGGGGUUACAGGACAGCGAUGUGACAGGUGUCUCUCAGGAGCCUAUGAUUUCCCUCACUGCCAAGACUUCACAGGUCGCUGUGACCCAGCCGGUACCCUGGACUCCAAUUUGGGAUAUUGCCAAUGCAAGGCUCAUGUGGAAAGUCCUUCUUGUAGCAUCUGCAAACCAUUAUAUUGGAAUCUGGCCAAAGAAAACCCCAAUGGAUGUUCAGAAUGCCAGUGCCACGUGGCGGGAACAGUGAGCGGAAUCGGAGAGUGUGGACAGCGAGAUGGUGACUGUCACUGCAAGUCCCAUGUCAGUGGCGAUUCCUGUGACACAUGUGAAGAUGGGUAUUUUGCUUUGGAAAAGAGCAAUUACUUUGGGUGUCAAGGGUGUCAGUGUGAUGUUGGUGGAGCCGUCAGCCCCCUGUGCAGCGGGCCCUCGGGAGGAUGCCGUUGUCGAGAGCAUGUCGUGGGGACGGCGUGCCAUCGCCCUGAGAACAACUACUAUUUCCCGGAUUUACAUCAUAUGAAGUAUGAGAUUGAAGAUGGUACCACACCUGAUGGAAGAGAACUUAGGUUUGGAUUUGAUCCCCUGGAGUUCCCUGAGUUUAGUUGGAGAGGAUAUGCUCAGAUGACCUCGGUGCAGAAUGAAGUGAGGAUCAUGCUUAAUGUGGGGAAGUCAAGUCACUCUUUGUUUCGUGUUAUUCUGAAAUACGUUAACCCUGGAACAGAAGCCAUAUCUGGUCGUGUGACAAUUUAUCCAUACCGGGCUGAAGCAGGUGCUGCUCAAAGCAAAGAAGUAAUCUUCCUGCCGAGAAAGGAGCCAGCCUUUGUCACCGUCCCAGGAAAUGGUGUGGCAGAACAAUUUUCAAUUACACCAGGGACAUGGAUUGCUUGUAUCAAAUCAGAGGGAGUCCUCCUGGACUACCUGGUCCUGCUUCCCAGAGACUACUAUGAGGCCUCCUCCCUGCAACUGCCAGUCACCCAGCCGUGCGCUGACUCAGGACCACUCCAAGAAAAUUGCUUGCUCUACCAGCAUUUGCCAGUGACCCGAUUCCCCUGUGCCCUGGCUUGUGAGGCCAGACACUUCCUGCUUGAUGGGGAGCCAAGAGCCUUGGCAGUGAGGCAGCCCACCCCCGCACACCCAGUCAUGGCGGACCUCAGCGGGAGAGAGGUGGAGCUGCACCUGCGGCUGCGGGUCCCGCAGGUCGGAAACUACGUGGUGGUGCUCCAGUAUUCCACGGAAGUAGACCAGUUGUCCGUUGUUGAUGUGCACAUGGAGAGCCCAGGAUCUGUCCUGGUAGGCCAGGUGAACAUCUACAGCUGCAAGUACAGUGUCCUCUGCCGGAGUGUUGUGACUGAUGGCAGGAGUCGCCUCGCCGUCUAUGAACUGUUGACAGAUGUGGGCAUUCGGCUCAGAGCACGCAGGGCCCGAUUCCUUCUGCAUCAAAUUUGUAUCAUACCCAUUGAAGAAUUCUCUACUGAAUAUUUGAGACCUCAAGUCAAAUGCAUUGCCAGUUACGGGGGUUAUGUUAAUCAAAGUGCCUCUUGUGUCUCUCUGGUCCCUGAAACUCCUCCAACAGCCUUGAUUUUGGAUGUCCCAAGGGGUGAGUCUUCCCCUUUCCUGCCCCAGGAUCCUCUGCCUUCUGCUGAUGUUACUGGAGUCAUCUUGAAGGCGCCACAGAACCAAGUGACCCUGCGAGGACUUGUACCACGCCUAGGCCGAUAUGUCAUUGUCAUCCAUUUUUAUCAACCAGCACACCCAGCAUUUCCCACACAAGUCUUUGUGGACGGAGGGCGGCCGUGGCCUGGUGUCUUCCGUGCCUCUUUUUGCCCCCAUGUGCUUGGCUGCCGGGACCAAGUCAUUGCUGAAGAUCAAGUUGAGUUGGACAUCUCCAAGCCAGAGGUGGCUGUGACCGUGAAGGUUCCAGAAGGAAAGUCCCUAGUAUUGGUCCAUGUUCUAGUGGUGCCUGCCGAGGAUUACGACUACCAAAUACUUCACAAAAAAUCAGUGGACAAGUCAUUUGAGUUUAUCAACAAUUGUGGAAGAAACAGUUUUUAUAUUGACCCCCAGACAGCCUCUGGAUUCUGUAAGAACUCCGCCAGGUCCCUGGUGGCCCUCUACCACAAGGGAGCACUGCCUUGUGAGUGCCACCCCACCGGAGCCAUUGGCCAACACUGCAGCUCAGAGGGUGGGCAGUGCCCGUGCCGGCCCAGUGUCAUUGGGCGGCAGUGUACCCGAUGUCGAACGGGCUACUAUGGAUUCCCACAUUGCAAACCUUGCAACUGUGGCCCACGCCUCUGUGAAGAGAUGACAGGGAAGUGCCUCUGCCCUCCCCGCACCGUCAGGCCCCAGUGUGAGGCGUGUGACAUGCAUUCCUUCAGCUUCCACCCCCUGGCUGGCUGUGAAGGUUGCAACUGUUCCAGGAGAGGCACAGUUGGGGUCACCACCCCAGAAUGCAACAGGGACCAUGGGCAGUGCAGGUGCAAGCCCAGAGUCACAGGGCGGCAGUGCGACCGGUGCGCUUCUGGGUUUUAUCACUUACCCGAGUGCCUUCCCUGCCACUGCAACAGGGAUGGGACUGAGCCAGGAGUCUGUGACCCAGGGACCGGAGCUUGCCUCUGCAAGGAGAAUGUGGCGGGUACAGAAUGUAAUGUGUGUCGAGAAGGAUCGUUCUACUUGGACCCAGCAAAUCCCAAGGGCUGUACCCGCUGCUUCUGUUUUGGAAUAAGUAAUCGUUGUCACAGUACACAUAAAAGAAGAGCUAAGUUUGUGGAUAUGAUGGGUUGGCGCCUGAAGACGGCGGACGGAACAGACAUCCCUGUCUCCUUCAACCCGGGCAGCAGCAGCGUGGUCGCAGACCUCCAGGAGCUGCCCUCCACAGUCCACAGUGCGUCCUGGGUUGCACCUCUUUCCUACCUGGGAGACAAGGUUUCUUCAUACGGAGGCUACCUCACCUACCAAAUCAAGUCCUUUGGCCUGCCUGGUGACAUGGUUCUUCUGGAAAAGAUGCCAGAUGUUCAGUUCACUGGUCAGCACAUGUCCAUCGUCUACAAGGAACCAAGUAACCCACGACCAGACCGGCUGUAUCAUGUGCGUGUGCAGGUGGUGGAGGGAAACUUCAGACACGCCAGCAGCGGCGGCCCGGUGACCCGGGAAGAGCUGAUGAUGGUUCUGUCCAGCCUGGAAGACAUGCGCCUCCGAGGCCUCUACUUCACCGAGACGCAGCGGCUCUCUCUGAGCGGGGUGGGGCUGGAAGAGGCCUCGGACACAGGAAGUGGGCGCAGAGCACACAACGUCGAGAUGUGUGCCUGCCCCCCUCACUACACUGGUGACUCAUGCCAGCCUCCAGGUCAAAGUCAUCUGCAAGCAAGUCAUGCGGACUUUAAACCCAGCCAGGGUUGUAGCCCCGGAUACUAUCGGGAUAAUGAAGGCCCGUAUACCAGACGAUGUGUUCCCUGCAAUUGCAACGGACAUUCCAGUCGAUGUCAGGAUGGCUCGGGAAUAUGUAUCAACUGCCAACACAACACUGCGGGAGAACACUGUGAGCGCUGCAAGGAGGGUCACUAUGGGAACGCCGUCCAGGGAUCCUGUAGCGUCUGCCCGUGUCCUCACUCAAACAGCUUUGCCACUGGCUGUGUUGUGAAUGGGGGAAACGUAAGAUGCUUCUGCAAACACGGAUACACAGGCACACAGUGCGAAAGGUGUGCACCAGGAUAUUUUGGGAAUCCCCAGAAGCUUGGAGGUAGCUGCCAACCAUGUAAUUGUAACAGCAAUGGCCAUCUGGGCAGUUGUCAUCCCCUGACUGGAGACUGCCUAAACCAAGAGCCCAAAGAUGGUGGCCCUGGAGAAGAAUGUGAUGACUGUGACAGCUGUGUGAUGACACUCUUGAACGACCUGGCCGCCAUGGGCAAUGAGCUCCACCUGGUCAAGUCUCAGCUGCACGGCCUGAGCACCAGCACCGGGUCUCUGGAGCAGAUGAAGCACUUGGAGACCCAGAUCAAGGACCUGAGGAAUCAGUUACUCACCUACCGGUCUGCCAUUUCAAAUCACGGAUUAAAAAUGGAUGGUCUAGAAAAGGAACUGGGUAGUUUGAAUCAUGAAUUUGAAACUUUGCAAGAAAAGAUUCAAGUAAAUUCCAGAAAAGCACAAGCAUUACAAAACAAUGUCGAUCGGACCAUCCAAAGUGCAAAAGAGCUGGACACAAAGAUUAAAAAUGUCAUCCAGAAUGUGCACAUUCUCUUGAAGCAGAUCUCUGGGACCAAUGGGGACGGCAACAACCUGCCUCCGGGGGAUUUUUCCAGAGAGUGGGCUGAAGCAGAGCGCAUGAUGAGAGAGCUACGGAACCGUGACUUUGGAAAGCAACUGAAAAAAGCAGAAGCUGAUAAAAGAGAGGCUCGGCUCUUGCUGACUCGGAUUAAGAGCUGGCUGGAACAGCACCAAGGCGAGAAUGGUGCCCUUGUUAAGAGUCUACAGGAUUCUUUGCAUGACUAUGAAGCCAAACUCAGCGACCUCCGUGCCAUGCUACAGAAGGCAGCUGCCCAAGCAAAGCAGGCCACUGGCCUCAACCGAGAAAACGAGAAAGCUUUGGAAUCCAUCAAGACACAAAUCCAAGAAAUGAAUUCCCUGCGGAGUGAUUUGUCCAAGUACCUAGCGACGGCAGACUCUUCCUUUCUGCAGACCAACGUGCUCUUGCAGCAGAUGGGGGAAAGCCAGGAGGAAUACAAAAAGUUAGCUGCCACUAUAAAGGAAGAAAGACACAGGCUAAGUGACAAAGUGAGAGAACUCUCCCGGUCCGCCAGCAAAGCGUCCCUGGUGGCGGAGGCAGAAGCGCAUGCGCAAUCUUUGCAAGAGCUGGCAAAGCAGCUGGAGGAGAUCAAGAGGAACACCAGCGGGAAUGAGCUGGUGCGCUGUGCAGUGGACGCCGCCACGGCCUAUGAGAACAUUCUCAACGCCAUCAAAGCGGCUGAGGACGCUGCCAACAAGGCCACCAGCGCGUCCGAGUCUGCGCUCCAGACAGUGAUAAAGGAAGAUCUUCCUGGAAAAGCGAAAACCCUGAGUUCUGACAGUGAUAAACUCUUGAAGCAAGCCAAGAUAACAGAGAAACAGCUGCGGCAAGAAAUCAGCCCUGCUCUCAACAACCUUCAACAGACUCUGAAAGUUAUAACAGUUCAGAAAGGGUUGAUUGACACCAAUAUCACCGCCAUUCGUGAUGACCUUCGUGGGAUACAGAGAGAUGACAUCAGUGGUAUGAUCAGUAGUGCAAAGAGCAUGGUCAGAAAUGCCAACGACAUCACAAAUGAGGUGUUAGAUGGGCUCGGCCCCAUUCAGACAGAUGUGACAAGAAUUAAAGAUACGUAUGGGAGCACACAGCGUGAAGACUUCAACAAGGCUCUCACCGAUGCGGAUAACUCAGUAAGGAAAUUAACCAAUAAACUGCCUGAUCUUUUGAGCAAGAUUGAAAGUAUCAACCACCAGCUCUUGCCACUAGGCAACAUCUCUGAUAAUGUGGACCGUAUCCGGGAGCUAAUUCAGCAGGCCAGAGAUGCUGCAAAUAAGGUCGCUAUCCCCAUGAGGUUCAAUGGUAAAUCUGGAGUUGAAGUCCGGGUGCCAAAUGACCUAGAAGACUUGAAAGGAUACACCUCUCUUUCUUUGUUUCUCCAAAGACCUGACUCAAGAGAAUAUGGGAGGACGGAGAAUAUGUUUGUGAUGUACCUCGGAAAUAAAGAUGCCUCCAAGGACUACAUUGGCAUGGCAGUUAUAGACGGCAAGCUCUCGUGUGUCUACAACCUGGGAGAACAGGAGUCGGAACUCCAGGUGGACCAGAGCGUGACCAAGAGCGAAACUCAGGAGUCGGUUAUGGACCGGGUGAAAUUUCAGAGAAUUUAUCAGUUUGCAAGUCUAAAUUACACCAAAAAAGCCACAUCCAUUAAACCCGGAACAUCCCAAUUCCAUGAAAUGGGUGGUGGAAGCAGCCACACGCUCCUCAAUCUGGAUCCUGAAAAUGUUGUAUUUUAUGUUGGAGGUUACCCACCUGACUUCAGACUUCCUGCUAGACUGAGGUUCCCUCCAUACAAAGGUUGUAUUGAGUUAGAUGACCUCAAUGAAAAUGUUCUGAGCUUGUACAACUUCAAACAAACUUUCAAUCUCAACACAACGGAAGUAGAGCCUUGUAGAAGGAGAAAGGAAGAGUCAGACAGAAAUUACUUUGAAGGUACAGGCUAUGCUCGAGUUCCAACUCAACCAAACGCUCCCAUCCCAACCUUUGGACAGGUGAUUCAGACCACCAUGGAUAGAGGACUGCUGUUCUUUGCAGAAAACAAGGAUCGCUUCAUAUCUCUAGAUAUAGAAGAUGGCAAGCUCCUGGUGCGAUACAAACUGAAUUCAGAGCCACCGAAAGAAAAAGAAGUUACACAGGUUGUCAACAAUGGAAAAGACCAUUCGAUACAGAUCAUAAUUGGAAAAGCCCAAAAAGUCAUGAGGAUAAAAGUGGAUUUGGUUGGGAGCCCAAUUCACGGUGACAUAUUUGAUUUCAGCACAUAUUAUCUGGGAGGAAUUCCAAUUUCAAUCAGGGAAAGGUUUAACAUUUCUACACCUGCUUUCCGAGGCUGCAUGAAAAAUCUGAAGAAAACCAGUGGUGUUGUUAGGUUGAAUGACACUGUGGGAGUCACCAAAAAAUGCUCAGAAGACUGGAAGCUCGUGCGGUCUGCCUCAUUCUCCAGGGGUGGACAGUUGAGGUUCACCGAUUUGGACCUCCCUUUGCCCAACGAAUUCCAGGCCUCCUUUGGGUUUCAGACCUUUCAACCCAGUGGCAUGUUACUUAAUCUCCAGGCACAGACCCGGAACCUGCAGAUCUCCCUGGAAGACGGUCACAUUGAACUCAGCACCAGGGAUAGCAACAGACCGAUUUUUAAAUCUCCGCAGACAUACAUGGAUGGUUCACUGCAUUACGUAUCUGUGAUAAGUGACAACUCUGGACUCCGGCUUCUCAUUGACGACCAGACUCUGAAAAGCAGCCAAAGGCUACAAGACUUGUCGGGUUCCCAGCAUCCCCUGUAUCUGGGCGGGAGUCAGUUCGAGGGUUGUAUCAGCAACGUUUUCAUCCGGAGGCAAUCAGAGAGUCCUGCUGUCCUGGACUUGACCAGUAAAACUUUCAAGAGAGACGUGUCCCUGGGAGGCUGCAGUUUAAACCCACCGCCUUUCCUCCUGUUGCUUAGAGGUUCUACAAGGCUUAACAAAUCCCACACUUUCAAUAUCAACCAGCCAUUGCAGGACACACCAGUGGCCUCCCCACGGAGAAUGGAGAUAUGGCGAGAGGCCCAGUCUUGCCUACCACCUCCUGGGGCCCAGGCCAGUCAUGGAGCCCUCAGGUUUGGGGACAGGCCCACCAGCCACUUGCUGUUCACGAUUCCCCAGGAGUUGGUGACAACCAGGUCACGGUUUGCGGUGGACGUGCAGACGGCUUCUUCCAGAGGCCUCGUGUUCUUCACGGGCACUCAGAACUCCUACAUGGCUCUUUAUCUCUCAAAGGGACGACUGGUCUUUGCCUUGGGGGCAGACGGGAAGAAACUGAAGCUCAAAAGCAAGGAGAAAUGCAACGAUGGGCAGUGGCACACGGUGGUGUUUGGGCAAGAUGGAGAGAAGGGGCACUUGGUUGUGGAUGGUCUGAGGGCCCGGGAGGGAAGUUUGCCUGGAAAUUCCACCGUCAGCCUCAGAGCACCCGUUUACCUGGGAUCCUCUCCCUCUGGGAAGCCAAAGAGUCUCCCCCAAAACAGCUUUGUGGGAUGCCUGAGGAACUUUCAGUUGGAUCAGAAACCCCUGGACACCCCUUCUCUGAGCGUUGGUGUGUCCCCCUGUUUGGGUGGCUCUUUGGAGAAAGGCAUUUAUUUCUCCCAGGAAGGAGGACAUGUCGUCCUAGCUAACUCUGUGCUGUUGGGGCCCGAAUUUAAGCUGGUCUUCAGCAUUCGCCCAAGAAGCCUUACUGGCAUCCUAAUACACGUCGGGAGUCGGCCGGGGAGGCACUUAUGUGUUUAUCUGGAGGCUGGAAAGGUCACGGCCUCUGUGGACAGUGAGGCAGGGGGCAUCUUGGCAUCGGUCACACCAAAGCAGUCUCUGUGUGAUGGACGGUGGCACUCCGUGACAGUCACCAUCAAACAGCACAUCCUGCACCUGGAGCUGGAUGCAGAGAACAGCUACACAGCUGGACGGCUCCCCUUCCCACCUGCCGACACUCGCGAGCCACUACACAUUGGAGGUGUCCCAGUUGGUUUGAAGACCAUGAAGCUCCCAGUGUGGGAAUCAUUUUUUGGCUGUCUGAAGAACAUUCAAGUCAACCACGUUCCCAUCCCUGUCACGGAAGCCCUGGACAUCCAGGGGACUGUCAAUCUGAGUGGCUGUCCUCACCACUAACUCAAACCCAUCACACAACAAGGGAAGCCAUGCACUAGACCUCCAAGAGCACAGCUCUGCAACACACCUCCCUCUCUCCCCACAGGAUCAUUCUUGACUUAAGACACCUUCUAGAUGAGGUUGCUAGCAAGUCUCAUUUUGAAUUCUGACCACACGUACUCAUCAUUUUAGCACUCAGUGCCCCAUGUGUAUUUUAUAUAAAAAUCCCAUUUCUCGAAGAUGUCGAACAAAUUGUUACAUGCUUUUGGUAAUCUCCUCUUCCACUAAAAAUGAAAUGUCUUUUAAAGAACAUUAUCUUCCACCUGGUUAAAAAAUAAAUAAAUAUCUUUUAAAGCACUUUAAAAACACCAAAAUUGUACAUGUGUUAAGGGCUUAUAACUUAUGGGGUUAAAUAAAGGCAGUGUAUUCUUUAAA